UCGCAGCCCAGGAACCGCCGCUAGCGGAGGGUCGGGUGCAGCGGGUUGGGGUGGGCGCAAGGCCGAGCGAACGGGGGGUCGCGGGCCCCCCGGGCGGCCGCGGCCACUCCUCCCCCUCCCCCUGGGCCGGCGCGGUGGGGGAGGCGGAGGAUGGAAACACCCUUCUACGGCGAUGAGGCGCUGAGCGGCCUGGGCGGCGGCGGCAGUGGCACUGGCGGCGGUGGUAGCUUCGCAUCCCCGGGUCGCCUGUUUCCCGGGGCGCCCCCGACGGCGGCCGCCGGCAACAUGAUGAAGAAGGACGCACUGACGCUGAGCCUGAGCGAGCAGGUGGCAGCAGCGCUCAAGCCUACGGCCGCGCCGCCCCCGGGCCCCCUGCGCACCGACGGCGCCCCGGGUGCGGCGCCCCCCGAUGGCCUGCUCGCCUCGCCGGACCUAGGGCUGCUCAAGCUCGCCUCGCCAGAACUCGAGCGCCUCAUCAUCCAGUCCAACGGGCUGGUCACCACCACGCCGACGAGCACGCAGUUCCUCUACCCAAAGGUGGCGGCUAGUGAGGAGCAGGAGUUUGCCGAGGGCUUCGUUAAGGCCCUGGAGGACUUGCACAAGCAAAACCAGCUGGGCGCGGGCGCGGCCUCCGCCGCUGCCGCCGCCGCCGCGGGACCUUCCGGCACGGCUGCGGGCACCGCGCCUCCAGGCGAGCUGGCCCCGGCGGCAGUCACGCCUGAGGCGCCCGUCUAUGCUAACCUGAGCAGCUACGCCGGCGGCACCGGGGGUGCGGGGGGCUCUGCGACGGUCGCCUUCGCCGCGGAGCCGGUGCCCUUCCCGCCACCGCCUCCAGGCGCGCUAGGGCCGCCGCGCCUAUCCGCGCUUAAGGAUGAACCACAGACGGUGCCCGACGUGCCGAGCUUCGGCGAGAGCCCGCCGCUGUCGCCCAUCGACAUGGACACACAGGAGCGUAUUAAGGCGGAACGCAAGCGGCUGCGCAACCGCAUCGCUGCCUCCAAGUGCCGCAAGCGCAAGCUGGAGCGCAUCUCGCGCCUCGAGGAGAAAGUGAAGACGCUCAAAAGCCAGAACACGGAGCUGGCGUCCACCGCGAGCCUCCUGCGCGAGCAGGUGGCGCAGCUCAAGCAGAAGGUCCUCAGCCACGUCAACAGUGGCUGCCAGCUGCUGCCCCAGCACCAGGUGCCCGCGUACUGAGCCCGCCCGAGGGGCGCAUGCGCGGCCCCCCUCUCCGAGGGGCGGGCUCGCGCGUGUGUAUGUGGGGAUGGGUGGGGGCGCCUGGGACUCGGCCAGGGGGCGGCCCCGGGGGCCCCCCCGUCUCCUGCAAGGGUACCAGGAUUUGGAGAGCGCAACCCCUGAGGAACCACCCCUCGCCGAGGGUGCCCUGGACUCGAAGAGGGCGCCUCAGGCUCGACAAGCUGGACCCCCUGCUGCCGGGGGCCGAGCGCAUGACUCCCCCACCCUCGCGCUGCCUCUGUCCCCCGCGCGCGGCCACCCAGUGUUGCACAAACCCCUGCGCCCCGGCCGCCCCUUUUGUACACACCGCCGCCGAAGUGGGCUCCUAGGGGACGCAGCCUCAAGCCCUGCGUUUCUUUUUACCUUUUUUUUUUUU